CCCCGGACUCUGCAUUCACUAUAUCUGGUCUCCCAGGACCCUGCAUUCACUAUAUCUGGUCUCCCAUUACCCUGCAUUCACUAUAUCUGGUCUCCCACAGACCCUGCAUUCACUAUAUCUGGUCUCCUGCAUUACACACAUGGAAAAUGCAAUUAUUUUAGUAAAUAUAAAUGGUUAAAUACCUUUUCUCUUCAGCAGUAUAUAGCAGUCUUGUGACUUCUAUAAGUGUCCAGCUGAGCACUGGUUAAAGCUUGUAGGAGGAGUUUUCAUUCUGCUCUA